GUUUAAAAAGAGCCCAAGGGACCAGAGUGCCAUUGUCCCAUUCUUGUCCUUAAUUUUGAGGUUUCUGCUUCUCUUCACUCUGCAAAAGCCCCUUUGAAAGUUUAAGGCGCGCACUUCUUUUCUUCCCUUUCACUGUUUCAAAUCGCACCCAUCUUAAGGGAGGAAAAUGGAUCCAAAUUCAAUUAAAUCAACUUUGUCUAAUCUAGCCUUUGGCAAUGUAAUGGCAGCGGCUGCUCGCGAUUAUCAGAAAGUUUUGUUUCUGAAACUGGGUCCUCACCUGUUAACAUUGCCAAGUGAAUUUGAUGUUUGGUUGCCUGCAAUUUUGGUUGGGAGAUCUCUUUUCUAGUUUAAGCUCUCGGUUGUUUUAGCAGCUUGGCAUCUGUUCUGUUUUUGUGCUCAUGAAUAAUUGCGGGGAAUUGAUUGCUCAAGAGAAAUCACAGACAUCAAGUUCUCUCAACCAAGCGGUUGACCUCGAUGAGUUGAUGGAUGAUCCUGAGCUUGAAAAACUGCACGCAGACAGGAUUGCAGCUCUCAAGAAUGCACCCUUCUUUGUUACCAAGCUUGGAGUCAAAACUUUGCCUUGUGUCAUACCAUUCAGGAAAGGGAUUUCAUUGGUUGGCUGAUUGGGUUUCAAGAUUUGGGAGGAAAAGAUGAUUUCACCACAAAAUCGCUUGAGUUUCUUCUUAUAAAGAAAGGUAUAAUUAGUGAGAAGAAAGAUAAUGAAGAGGAUGAAGAUGAUGAUUAUCCUGACAGCAGAAGCAGGAUAGUAAGAUCGUCCGUAGACCCCGACUCUGAUUCCGAUUGAAGAAACUGCAGUUUUAUGCCUUGUUUAUUAUUAUUAUUAUUAUUAUUAUUAUUAUUAUUAUUAUUAUUAUUAUUAUUAUUAUUAUUAUUAUCAUCUAAAUGUGUGAUUGUAUCUUUAUUUGUUGCAUCAUCUAUUACCUCUACAAAAUUUUUUUUACUCUAAAUCAAAAUUAGUGAGACAAGUACU